AUGUUGCAUGUCUGGAAAGUUUCGGGGGAGCUGUUUUCUGCAGUGCCCCUUGAGACGGUGAACGACGUCAGAAGCCUGAAGCUGCAUUUGCAAAAAUUGUGUGGUGUGCCGCGAUUCCGGCAACGGCUCUUGCAUGAUGGCAUGUUUAUGGACGAAGGCUUUAAGCUGGAUUCUCACAUGGAUGUGCAGCUGGUUCUACAGCCCUACUGCGAUGCAUCCCAGGAGCAACUCGAAGGGCUAGCAAAUGCAUGUUCGGGCGGGAUGGUGCAGGACGUGGAGGGUUUCUUGCAGCAGCGGGUAGACCCCAACCUGGGCAACGGCAGGUACACACCCCUCCGAAGCACCUGCUGGCACGGUCACCUGGACGUGGCACGAUUGCUCUUGGAAGCCAAAGCUGAUGUGAACGAA